CUCACUUCCCUCUGCAGUGGGCCCUGGGGAGAAACGUUUACCUGCUCCACCUCCGUCCGUGCUGCCUUAUAGCUCCCCUCCCUGUGGGGUAGGUGUCUGAGAACACAGCCGCCCUGCCCCGUGUCCAUCCCGCAGAGCCCUGGCCAUGGCAGCCCUGGCAGCUGGCGUGUCCAGGCAGCGGGCGGCUGCAGAAGGUCUUGGCUCCAUCCAGAAAGCCGUGAAGUACUUGGGCCAGGACUUCGAGACCCUGAGGCAACAGUGCCUGGACUCAGGGGUCCUAUUUAAGGACCCAGAGUUCCCAGCCUGUCCGUCAGCUUUGGGCUUUAAGGAACUUGGACCGCACUCCCCCCAGACUCAAGGCAUCGUGUGGAAGCGGCCCACGGAGUUGUGUCCCAGCCCUCAGUUUAUCGUUGGUGGAGCCACACGCACAGACAUUCGACAGGGUGGUCUGGGUGACUGCUGGCUCCUGGCGGCCAUUGCUUCCCUGACCCUGAAUGAGAAGCUGCUUUACCGCGUGGUUCCCAAGGACCAGAGCUUCCAGAAGGACUACGCGGGCAUCUUUCAUUUCCAGUUCUGGCAGUAUGGCGAGUGGGUGGAGGUGGUGGUGGACGACCGGCUGCCCACCAGGCACGGGCAGCUGCUCUUCGUGCACUCGGCAGAGAGGAGUGAGUUCUGGAGCGCCCUGCUGGAGAAGGCCUACGCCAAGCUCAACGGCUCGUACGAAGCUCUUACCGGAGGGUCCACAGUGGAGGGGUUUGAAGAUUUCACGGGUGGCAUCUCUGAGUUUUACGACCUGAAGGAGCCGCCCCCUAAUCUGUAUCAGAUCGUCCGGAAGGCCCUGCGCAAGGGGUCUCUGCUGGGCUGCUCCAUCGAUGUCUCCAAUGCAGCUGAGACAGAAGCCAUCACCAGCCAGAAGCUGGUCAAGAGUCACGCGUACUCUGUCACUGGAGUCGAAGAGGUGCAUUUCCACGGCCGCCCAGAGAAGCUGAUCCGACUCAGGAACCCAUGGGGCGAAGUGGAAUGGUCAGGAGCCUGGAGCGAUGACGCCCCCGAGUGGAACGACAUCGAUCCCAGGCGGAAGGAAGAGCUGGACAAGAAAGCGGAGGAUGGAGAGUUCUGGAUGUCAUUUUCAGACUUCCUGAGACAGUUCUCUCGCCUGGAGAUCUGCAACCUGUCCCCAGACUCCCUGAGCAGUGAGGAAGUGCACAAGUGGAACCUGGUCCUGUUCAACGGCCGCUGGACACGGGGCUCCACCGCGGGGGGCUGCCAGAACUACCCAGCCACGUACUGGACCAAUCCCCAGUUCAAGAUCCACCUGGACGAGGCGGAUGAGGACCAGGAGGAGAGCGCCGGUGAGCCCUGCUGCACGGUGCUGCUGGGCCUGAUGCAGAAGAACCGCAGGCGGCAGAAGAGGAUGGGGCAGGGCAUGCUUAGCAUCGGCUACGCCGUCUACCAGGUUCCCAAGGAGCUGGAGAGGCACACAGACGUGCACCUGGGCCGGGACUUCUUCCUGGGCCACCAGCCGUCCGCCCGCUCCGGCACCUUCAUCAACCUGCGGGAGGUGUGCAGCCGAACCCGGCUGCCCCCCGGCGAGUACCUGGUGGUGCCGUCCACCUUCGAGCCCUUCAAGGACGGCGAGUUCUGCUUGAGGGUGUUCUCGGAGAAGAAGGCCAAGGCCCUGGAAAUCGGGGAUGUUGUGGCUGGAAGCCCACAUGAGCCGCAUCCUGCUGAGCUGGAUGAGGAAGACGGCAGGUUCCAGAGCCUGUUGGAGGAGCUUGCUGGGAAGGGCUCUGAGGUCACUGCCAGCGUGCUCAGGACGGUCCUGAAUGGGGCAUUUUCCAAACGAACGGACAUAAAAUUCGAUGGAUUCAACAUCAACACGUGCCGGGAAAUGAUCAGCUUGUUGGAUAGCAAUGGGACGGGGACCUUGGGACCAGAGGAAUUGAAGAUGCUCUGGCUGAAGAUUCAGAAGUAUCUGGAGAUCUAUCUGGACGUGGGUUGUAACCACUUGGGGACCAUCGAUGCCCAUGAGAUGAGGACAGCCCUCAAGAAGGCAGGUUUCACCCUCAACAACCAGGUGCAGCGGACCAUUGCCAUGCGCUACGCCUGCAGCAAGCUUGGCAUCGACUUUGACGGCUUCGUGGCCUGUAUGAUCCGCCUGGAGAGCCUCUUCAAACUGUUCAGGCUUCUGGACAAGGACCAGAGUGGCACCGUGCAGCUCUCUCUGGCUGAGUGGCUGUGUUGUGUGUUGGUCUGACGCCUGGUUCCCGACAUCGACCACACUCCCUGCCUUCUGGCAUGCCUCUUCCCUCCCCUUUCCCAUUCUGUGGCAUUCAUUGGUUGUUCCUUGUCUUUGCUGCUUGUGGUUGUCCCCAAGAUACUGGCCUGCCCCACGGCAGCAGGCUGGCAGCCCCAGGGCUCUAAGUAGCACUGAGCCUCGAGCUAUGGGUGCUAGGGUUUGGUGUGGCUUGGCGGGUUAAGCCCCAGCUUGAGAUGUCAGCAUACCAUGUUGGAGCGUGGGUUCAAGUCCUGGCUGCUCUGUUUCCAAGCCAGUUUCCUGCUAAUGUGCUUGGUAAGGGAAACCAGUGGAAGAUGGCCCAAGUAGCUGGGCCCUGGCCAUCCAUGUGGGAGACCAGGAUGGAGUUCCUUGGCCCUGGUUUCAGCCCAGCCUAGCCCCGGCUGUUGGGGCCAUUUGGAGAGUAAACCAGUGGAUAGAAAUCUCUUUCUCUAUUCCUCUCCUUAUCUCUCUCUCUCUCUGUUGCUCUGCCUUUCAAAUAAAUGAGUAAAUCUUUAAAAAAUAAUAAAAAAAAAAUAAAAUUGUGUCCAGGAGAGUCUUGGCUUUCU